UCUCUGGUUACGGUGCGUGUAUUCACAUUUCACAAUAAUGGACUUCAAAUGUGUGUGUGAAAAAAAUUAAGUAUAUUAAAUGUCAGAUUUGUAAACGAAAAAAAUAUAUUAAAAUUGUCUUAAUAAUAAUAAAAAGUCGAUUUUCUUAUAAAUACAAAGAUUGGCGUUCCCCCCUGAUAAAAUGUCGACCAGUUUCUAUCCAAACGAAUGUAUCGUUUGUAAGAAGACGGAAAAAUUAAAGAGAUGCAGUCGUUGUCAAAUGAUAUCAUAUUGCGGUGAAGUACAUCAAAAGAGUCACUGGAACGAACACAAGAAUAUUUGUAAAAUAAUAUCAAACAUUGCAAAAGAGAAGGAAAUCACUCAUCUCUAUGAAGAUUUACGAGAUUGCACCUUAAUGACAUGGUCAGAUUCAAGAAAAGCAAUGAUUGCCGAAGUCUCCUCUAAAUUAGGUCGAGAAUUAAGAAAAGCUGAAGUAGAAAUGCUCCAAUAUCCUCGAUCAUGCUACGUGUGUUAUGACACAAAACAGGAGAAUUUAACAAAUUGUACAAAAUGCCCCCUGGUGUCUUUUUGCCAGAAGCAUUUAGAUACAACUCUUCAUGACAAAACAUGCGCAGACAUAAUGACAUGCCACGCUUUGGAUAACGAAAACUUCUCCUUCGAGGAUGCGAUGAUCGCUAAAUUCAAAUCAUUAUCAAAACCUUCUGUUGAAAAAUUACCCACUUGUACAAUGGAAUAUUUGGAGGAGAUUCUAGGUGGAAAGUUAAAUUACACUCAGAAACUUUAUGCAUCGUUGCAUGUCUAUCAUCCAUUGACGAUAUUCGGAGUACUGCAGAAAUUGAAUUUGGUGACAUUGUCGAAAAUGACGAUUUAUAUUAACAUACACGAUAAUUGGUUGAAUAUGCGACAGUUUAUUGAGAAUCUCUUUCAUUUGCUGCCAAAAUUGAAGGAGUUGAAUGUCCAGACUAAUUGCGUGAAACAAAUGUUAAUUCCCGGUCAGUUGAAUGUUUGCUCCACGUGUAAUAAGAAUAGGAAAAAAUUAUCUUUUGCAUAUUACGACGAUACACUCUUCAAUGGUUCGAUUGAUCUCGCCUUCUUUGCUGACAUGACACCACCUGAUAAUUCCGGUUGGGAGUAUUCGACAUUUGGAACUUUGAGACAUAUUUGCACCAGAUAUGCAUGUCCGGUUGUUUUAACGUCGAACACUGAGAUUGAGAUGAAACGAGUUAGAACCUAUUUUAAAUCCGUUUUACACAAUCAAACUAUUUUACACGACGGUUUCAAUGAUUUUUCCUCCUUACAUCUCGCAAGGCACUGGGAGGAUUGGAGAAUAAGUCAAAAAUCGCAUUAUAUGAUUGUCGCUAAAUCGACGAAUAUGUACAAUUCGCUGGAGGAUAUUAUUAAUUCACCGGAAACGGGUUCGUUGAAGAGUAAAACACAACCGGAUCAGAGGAAAAUUGUCGAGAGAUUUUAUCCUGGUAUUUGUCAGGUUUGUAAAUGUGCGAAUGCAAAGGAAGCUUGUACGAGAUGUAAGAUGGUUUUUUACUGUGGACAGAGUCAUUUGAAGCAGGAUCAGUCGGAGCACAAGGAUAUUUGUAAAGUAAUACUGGGACUUUUGAAUGAAAAGGGAACUCCUCAUCUUUUUGAUAACAUGGAUGUUAGUGACGAGAAAUCCUGGUUGGAGGCGAAGGUGAAUUUUUUGAAAAUUGCCCGAUCAAAAUUGAAUAGGGAUUUAAUGAAUUAUGAGAAGCAAAUAUUUCUCUUUCCAAGGACCUGCUUCGUUUGUCACGAGAGCAAUUUGAGCGUUCUCAAAACAUGUAAAUGCGGUGUGAGCCUGUGCAAAAUUCACCGCGACGACACUGACCAUAAAUUGCUCUGCGAUUAUUUCAAUUUCAAUCUAAAGUGGGCGAGAAGUAAGGAGAAACGUCAGGACCAAAUAGUAGUGACAGCCUUCGCCAAUAAAAGAGACUACAAAGUAAUGCCAACAAUGGAUCAGUAUAUAGACAGAUAUUUUGAAUUCAAGAAUUAUCGCUUGAAACCCCUACUGCAGAAUCCUCGAAAAGUCGUGAUAUCCGAUUUUCUAACUCGUUCCCUAACCUUCAUUUACAUUGCAGAAAAAUUAGAAACUCCAAUUCCAAAUACUCUCUACAUUCACGUGGUUGGAGCGUUAAACGAAGAAUUCGAGAGUGUCUGCUACUGGCACACGGUCAUAAAAUGGUUCGACAAUGUAACCACUUUAUACAUCGACUUCAUUGGCGUCGAAUUAACCGAAAACGAUGAUUUCAAUCCAAAAAGUACAUUCCACUUUCACGAUAAACGAUUGAAGAAUUCACAGUUCACCUUUAGCACAUAUCACGGACGCUAUGAGGAUUUUUUCCGAAAUGUCGAAUUCAGAAGACCGGAUGUAAUAAUCGGUUAUAAUUUAAAUCUUCAUGAGAGUGAUUUAGGAUUAUCGGCGUGCACUUGGAGGGAGACACUUUCGAUCAUCAGUAAAAUGAAUGUUCCCUUCUUUUUGACGGCAGUCACGGAGGUUCGAGCCAGGAAAGAUCACGAAAUGAUCGGUAAAAUAUUGGGUCGGAAAAUUAAUUACGAAUUUUUUGGAAAGAAUCCCUACGCUAGUUUUAUGCCCGAAAGGGAUUACGAGACGGAAAGAUUGUGUUAUUCGAAUAAUUAUGUUGUCGCUUACAAUCACCUUCGUGGACCAGAAAUUAAAAAGAAAGUGAAUGGAUCGAAAAAUCAGGAAGUUGGUGUUAAAAAUAAAAAUUCUUUUCCAAAAAAAGGGGUCGAAAUGGAAAUUUCUAAUGUUGAAAAAAAAAAUUCACCAAAUGUUAAGAAGAAAUCUGAGGCUGAAGAUAGUGCACUUCAUGAAGUGAAGAAAAUUGCUAAGGGAGAAUUUUCCAGAGUGAAGGUUAAUAAAGUGGUUGAAAAAGUAGAAAAAGCUGAAAAACUGGUUGAAAACGUAGAAAAAGUAGAAAAAGUAAAAAAACUGGUUGAAAACGUAGAAAAAGUAGAAAAAGUAAAAAAACUGGUUGAAAAGGUGGAAAAAGUAGAAAAACCGGUUGAAAAGGUAGGAAAAGUUGAAAACUCGAAUUCCAAAACAAAAAUUUUUCAAGUCCGAGAAGAAUUGGUAAAUCAAAAUUUACAUCUUGAAGAGGAAAAUGAAAUUCUUAAGGAGAAUGUCCGUCUGAUGGAAGAAAACGAAAGUUUGAAGAAUAAGAUUUCUGAAUUACAUUUAAAAUAGUUUUUUUUUAGUAAAAUUUAUACCUAUUGCAUGUGUUUAUUAUUAAAAAAAAACCGGAUAAAAUUAAUGUUACUUGGCGGUUAAAAUUUAUUUACAAAUUUAUAUUAAAAAUUUAAAAUGUUUAAAGAAUUUUCAUUUUCAUUUCGAAAUAUUUUUUAUAUAAUAAUAUAUUAUCUCUGCGUCGAUUAUUAUCUUUAAAGACCUAAUUCUGUUAUUUACUAAUUUCAGUAAAGAAUUUCACUUUUAAUUUUUAUUUUUGCUAACCUACUUAUUCUUUAAAUGUUCAAUUUUGUGUUAUUCUUGCUGUAAUUAUUAUUUUAAAACUGAAAAAUAUUAUUUUUAUGCUAAAAAAAAAUUUUUUUUGGUAUAAAAUUAUUUUUUUUUGUAACAAAAACAAUUUUUUUUUUGUAUAAAAAAAUAUUUUUCAGUUUGUUUUGUACCUAAUUUUGCAUAUUUAUAUAGUGAACAUAAUUUUUUUUUUCCUAAGAAAUGAGAAGAAAAACGAAAAAAACUAAUAAAUGUGACGCGCUACCGAGAAAGGUACUUAAGAAGUAAACGAAUUUUAGGUUAUGUUUGUGUUAGAUUUAUCUGGAUUAACAAUUUCUUUUUAAUUUUCUAAAUUUGAAACCAUUGUUUACGAAAUAUUUUUGAUGUAAUAAAGACUUGAAUAUCAAUAAUUUGUAAUAAUAAUUGAUUCUAUUUUUGGAUUUUUACUCUUAAAAUUACAAACAUAACCUAAAAUUUUUUGCUUCUUCGGUACAUUUCAUGGGAUGAGUGAGUUACAAAUUAAUUUAUUUGUUAUACUUAUACAUCUUGCAUUAAAAUGAAAAUAAUAAAAAUUCGAAAAUCGAAAAA